GCAGUUUGUGAAUAAAAAACCAUCCGGUGACACCCGGCAAAAGAUUCCACCAACGGAAUCCAAUCUUUGCUUCAACCCUUCACCAACCGAAGCAACCCAACACCUUAACCCUCAAAUUCCUCGAAGCCUAAAGCCACCUGCUUUUCCCAGUUGGUAUAACUUGCACCACCAAUUUCCAAUCACAAAUUUCUACCGGAAGGAUAAAAAUAAAAAACCCCGAACUCCUUCAGAAUCAUCUUCAACAACCACCAAGUACAAUUAAACCGGUCGACCCAAUACCUGCCCGGAGGCUGACGUGACCCAGACCCGUCAGCUCAAUCCGGACCCAGAGAAACCCGAGGACGAGACCACCCAGAAAUGCGAAAAUCAUCAGCAUCAUCAUCAUCAUCAUCACAGCCCAAUACUGCAUAGGGCAGGGAGAGCUAUGAGACUGGUGGUGCCUCUGCAAGGGGUAGUACAAGGCAGGGGUGGCCUAAUACUAGGCUCCUUAAUCCCAUGUGCACUCUACUAUUUCCUCCAGUUUUACCUCAAACGACGCCGUUCUCCACCCCCUCCCCCUCCUUCCAGCCCUCGCUCACCGUCCACGUCAUCCGCCAACCUGGCCGACUUGCCUCGUUCGUCUUCCCGCUUAAGUUUAUCCACGCGGGGGUCCAUCGGCCGAGUACACGUGUCAGCUAGGGCCGGUUCCAUUGCCAAGCCCAAUACUUCGCCCUACUACAUUGGACUGGACAGGGUUCGAGGGGAUCCAUAUGACCCGGUGCAGAAUCCGGGCGGUAUUAUUCAGCUGGGAUUAGCUGAAAAUCGGUUGACAUUGGAUUUGAUUGAGGAAUGGCUGUCAAAGCAUAUGAAUGAAGCGGUGUUGCUGGGAGGAGUUGAUGGUGGUUUAAGUAUUAGUGGAAUUGCCCCAUACCAGCCGUCUGAUGGAUUGAUGGAGUUGAAAGUGGUAAUGGCAGGUUUCAUGACUCAGGUCAUGGGAGGAACUGUCUCUUUUAAUCCAUCACAACUGGUAUUAACAUGCGGUGCAACUCCUGCAGUUGAGAUACUCUCCUUUUGUCUGGCUGACCAAGGGAAUGCAUUUCUUGUUCCAACACCCUACUACCCUGGUUUUGAUAGGGAUAUAAAGUUCCGCACAGGUGUGGAGCUCAUACCUGUUCACUGUCGUAGCUCAGAAAAUUUUGUGCCGAGCAUUGCUGCUCUUGAUCAGGCAUUUAAUCAGGCCAAAAAACGAGGUCAAAAAGUUCGUGGGAUACUCAUUACAAAUCCUUCAAACCCGGUGGGAAACCUGCUGUCAAGGGAAAUCCUAUAUAAUCUCUUAGAUUUUGCCAGAGAGAGGAACAUUCACAUUAUAUCAGAUGAAAUAUAUGCUGGGUCAGUGUAUGGUGAUGAGGAGUUUGUAAGCAUGGCAGAGAUUCUUGACUCAGAAGAUUUUGACAAGGAUCGGGUUCAUAUAGUAUAUGGGGUUUCAAAAGACCUUUCUCUUCCAGGCUUCAGAGUUGGCGUUAUAUAUUCGUUCAACGAAUAUGUUUUGGCUUCUUCAAAAAAGCUAGCUAGAUUUUCCUCAAUUUCUGCUCCAACCCAGAGGAUUUUAGUUUCUUUACUAUCUGAUUCUGGGUUCGUGCAGGAAUACCUCCAGACUAAUAAACAGCGAAUUCGCAGAUUGCAUGACUUGUUUGUGCUUGGUCUUGAACAAUUAGGAAUUGAAAGCACAAAAAGCAGCGCUGGUUUUUAUUGUUGGGUAAAUAUGAGCAGAUUAAUCAGCCCAUACAACGAGAAAGGGGAGCUUGAACUGUGGGAGAAGCUUUUAGAUAUAGCCAAGAUCAAUGUAACCCCUGGCUCGGCUUGCCAUUGUAUUGAACCUGGAUGGUUUAGAUGCUGUUUUACUACACUAGAUGAUACGGAUGUCGGUGUUGUUGUAGAUAGGAUACGUAAUAUUGUUGAAACUUGUAAAUCUCCAGCUUAAGAAACUUCUGAGAGUGGUAUUAAAUGAACGGAUUGUUGGAAUAACCACACAAUAAUGAUCACACACAAUUCAGGACUUGAGGUGGCCACUACCGGUGAUCGACACAGAGUGAUAGCACCUUUUUAACUUGAAAAUCAUACAGCUAAAUUUGGAGUUUUAAUAUGCUUAUCUAAUAGAAGGAUUUGAAGUUGCUGAUUAAUGCAACUGUUCAGAGGUCUAUUGGACUCGUCUUUUACAACAGUUUUAGUUGUAGCUGCCUUGUCCAUCUCCUGUGAAAUCUGCCAACAAAGUUGCUUGAUCCAAGGAUCCAGCAUCCAACUGCAUUCUUCUUCAUGAAGUCCUGCCAUCAAUUUAUGGUCAUGCAACUAGAUUUUCUUAUACACAACGAUCAUAGUUGCAGUUUUCACGUUGUUACCAUUAUAGCGGAUGAAAGACAUGCAUGGAAGUUAUGUAAUCAAUCUUUCCUUAUUUGGGGAAGAUGUGUUAGGUUUCGAGCAAGUUAUUUGUGUUACUGCACUAGGAAAACGAUCUGAGGCUACCUAUAUGAAAUGCAUGUUUGUAGAAUGGUGGAAAGUUACCUUCGAGAGAUUCUGUGUCUGCAAUUGAAAGGCUUUCCUCUGGUAACUUCUUCUUCUACUCAUCAUUAUUAGCUCUCCCAGUGUGUGUGGUUUUCUCAAUGCAGCACUGUAGUUCCUUUCACAGUCAAUAUCCUCUUUUUGCCUCGUUGUUUGGGUAGGAGAAAUUUCCUUUUCUGAGCUGCCAACCUUUUCCAGGAUAUUAGAUUGAGGGGUUAACAAGGGGAAGAGCCAUUCCAGAAAAGAAGCGCCUACUAGGUUUGUAUUUCCAGUUUCAUAGCUGCUGGUACUGCUUCCUGUUUCAGAGGCUGGUGAAGCAGGUCUCUGAAGCUGCCCACUGCUAAGACCUGCAAAGGAGGUUUGUUGAACAGGAACAGCAUUCGAAAUAGCAACCGUCGGUACAAGGCGGUUGGCCAAGAGAGAAGGCGCUGAACAGAAAGAAUCAUCUGCUUCAGAUUCACAUGAUGCUGGAUACGACUCGAGCAUUUCGAUCUGAUCACCAUCUUGGUCAUUCAUGCCAGUCCAACAAUUUUCACUGCCCAGAAAAUGUCUGGGAGAUAGAGGGAAGCUGCUAAUGUUUGGUAGUGGUAGCGCAAGUGGUGAACCUGAUGGCUGCUGCGAGAAGCAGGGAAGCGGUUUUCCGGGCUUUUCUUCCCAUUGAAAGGGUACUGAAGCAAUGUACUUGACUGGUGGUGCGACAGGCUUCUUAACAGGAGCAGUAGGUUUCCAAUCCCUCUUUGGUGUGCCUGGAAUUUCUUCCCAAAUAAAUGGAACAGAAAUUGCUUGCUUU